CCAGGUGUCCACCCUUCCCGUCGACAACAACGCGCCGCACACCGCCAUCCCUGUUCCGCGCCACCGCCGUCCAUCCCCUGCCGCCUCUCAGCUGACUCCAAACACCACGCCGGCGACAUGCCGCCCAAAGAGCUGCCCGGGUUGUACUACGACCCGGAGAAGAACCGCUACUUCCCCACCAAGGGCCGCAUCCCCGGCGCCGCCACCCGCCCUCCUCGCCCUCCGCCGCCGCCCGCUGAGCCCUCGCCUCCUCCCACAGCACGCAGGAAAAGGGCGAGGCAGUCCGAGCUGCUGCAUGCCAGGGAGAUGUACGGCGGUGGUGUGAUAUUCUCCAAGAACAACAAGUCCACCUUCAAGCAGCAGUGCCAGUACACACAGGCGUCGCAGCCGAUGGUUUGGAAGUACCAAGGCACAACCUUAGUGGCUGAUAAGGCACUGGAGGAACUGCACGCCAUGGUUCAGACUCCCAGUGGGCUGCGUGAGUCCAAGCUAUUAGCGACCGGCAGCACGAAUGGUUCAAUCAGAUUAUUUGGGUUGGGAACUGCUCUAGAGAAUUUUGAGGAUGAGAUGGAGUUUUUACCUCAGCCUGUUUGGACUCCCUUGGGAAAGCAGAAAGCAGCAGUGAAUUCUCCACUUGCAAAUAUCUGGUCAUCUGAAACAGCUUUCUCAAACUUCUCAUCCAGUAUAUCUUGCAUAAAAAAGUUCGGGCACAACUUUCAUGAUGCAGCCAGCACCAACUCAUCAGUUCAGCGAGCAUUGGUGGCUACUCUUGGAUCUGGAGGAUCCAGUGGUUCUGUUUAUAUUAUGGAUAUGUCAACUAUUGACUCUGCAACGGUUUCACGGAAUGCUCAUGGAAGAAUUGAGAGAGUUGCUUCAUUUGAUCGUACAGUAUGGACUGCUGAUUGUAAUUCUGAUGGCACACAAGUAGUUCUAGGUACAAACACUGGCGCUGGUUUGCUUAAUUUGGAGACAGGGACAUUAUCAUGGCUGUAUCGUUGUAAAAGUGACAUUCUUUCCCAGCAAUUUGUGCACUCGGGAAAUGUGGUGCUAUGUGGCCUACGGAAUGGGAGCAUAGUCCCUGUCGAUGUGCGGGAAAGGCACAGUAGUCGCCCUACUGGUCGAUCUUCACCUAGCACUGCUAGGGGGACAGUUCCCAUGCUGUCUGCAAGGCAUAAUGCCAGAGGGAGAAACCAGGCUGAUAAGGCAAAAUCAUCUAGGGUUAUCUCUAUGCCUUCAGCAGUUUGCAGCCUGGUUUCUCUGUCAUCGGAUGAACACUACUUCUUAGGGAGCUCCAUGGAUGGAUCGAUCAAGCUAUUUGAUCUCCGUCUCAUUCAGAAGGGGGCUAUACAGUCUUAUGCAGGGCAUGUGAAUUCACACAAUAAUUUACCACUUGUUAUUGAUCCAGCUGAAACCCUACUUAUGUCAGGUGGGGAGGACUGUACCGUCCGUAUUUGGAGCAUCAAAACAGGCGAGCAAAUAUUUGCGAAGAGCGUGGCUGACACUCUCUUCACUGCACUUUGCUGGCCAGAAAGCAACCUUGACUUGGAUGGUUCUUCUUCGCUGUUUGAUCUAAACCACAGUUGGGGGGCUUGGAUGGGAUCACGUGAUGGCCUGUUCUACAUGCAUGGUACUUAAACUGGCUGUGCACUGAUACACUCUGGAGCGGACGGAUGCAAUUGCUGCUUUUUCUUCAGGAAGACGCAUCGAAGACGAUUGAUCCUGUUGUUUCACCGAAAAGUCUGCUCAAGCUGGUGUCGCUGGAGAGAUCUCAGCCGUCAUAGUUGAUCCUGUUGGUUCUGGAAGCGAGUGUUAGUUAUAUGGGAUCUGCUCCUCAUAGAGUAAUAGUGAUGAUGAUCAUGUUGUUUCUCUUAGUGAUAGGUAAGUGACCUGUCUAGUUUGGUAUCAGAGUUACCUUAGGAAAGCAGACCAUAUUGUAUCAUAUGCUUUUUUAGCAUGGCUAGUUAGUCAGCAAUGUGAUAUUUUCUUCAAUGUUAGCAAACAAACAUAUUUCUGAACUCUGUUUGUAUUCUAGCAUCAUAUAUUCAUAUUAGCAAACACUGCUUCGGAGGUAUUGGUACACCAUUCCAGAUCUUUUUUAUCACACAAAACUGGUGCAACAUUUUAUUCAGCUCUUCCUAUUUGCUACUAGCUACACCUGAGCAUGUUCAGGGUAUGUUGCUUGGUACUGUCUACAUUUACAGCACUUCAUCUCUCAAACUUCCAGUUCCAUGUUCUAGUUAAACCUAACGAGCUUUAUAAAUUCUCAACAGAUAAGGUCGCCCUCUUUGCCGUUUGUCGCCAGUUUCAAUCUUUCCCACUUUGUUCGGAGCGUGAUGAACAGGAGAACGGUGUUCUGGCAAAGGAGACCGCAUAUCUGACCCAUCCACAACCCCUGAAACAGGUUGCAUCGCACUGAUGUUAGCAUUUUAUGGACACAUAAACAUGAUCUUCAGUACUCAAUAUGAAGGGAGAGAAAGAUAGUUACCACAUCGCAAUGAUAGAAGUGCUCAUUUGAGAAUCUGGCAUCAGCCCAGCAAGCAACACCAAUAUCUCAAACGCCCAGUACUCAAAGCUGCCAUUUGUAGGUAACCAUCAUAUAUUCUCAGUAUGGGAUAUAUUAAGAGGCGCUCAACGAAUGGAUCUGGGAUUGUCGUAAGUGUACUAACCACACCAUCAUUGCAGAGGGAACGGCUAACUUGAGGCCGGGCAGCACGUACUGAAACGCUUCUGUUGAAAAUCCCCCCCAGGUCUCCUUGAAUCUCGUUGACAACAUCACAUAGGAUGCCAGCAUAAUGAAAGAUAGCCACAGAGACAGCGAAGUUGACAUGGCUGGGCCUGCGAAGCCGAGCCCCAGGUAGUGCACGGAGGCAUGGGUAAUUCCGACAUGGAACACCAGUGGCAGGAGCGAGAACGCCACCAGUGGCAUCACCACGGACUGUGUCUGCAGGAACCUGAGGAUACACUGGAUGAAGCCAAAGGCAAACUGUGCCGGGAUUGUGUAUCGCAGGAACACCGCUGCCAUUCUUGAGACCUCGGGGUCUUGGUGCAAGAAAAUGAGGAGUGGCUCGGUGUAGAGCCACAGGAGCGAGACGAGGACUGAAAAGAGAGCCGAGGUGAUGAUGGAUGCCUGGAGGUACACGCCGAGCAUGCGGUACACCUUUGCGCCAUAGCCUUGGCCGCAAAGCGUCUCCAGGGACCCGCUUAACCCAGUCUGCAUGGGAACAAGACAGAUCAAAGUGAGUAAUUGUUAUUCUAGUCUUGGAGACAGAUCUAAGUGAUAGAAUGAAUGAUGGAGCAUAUGUCUAUGACGGGCAACUUAGUUGAGCAAUGGAGACUAUGGAGUGGUGGCAGUAAAAAUUGAAGAUGAUGGCAAAGGAGACCAAAGAAAAGAUGGUAGGGAGGGACGGCUAAAGAGACAGACGAAGACGUUUUUACAGAGCAUCUCCGGGCAGGUCGCCGGAGAUGAGGAGGAGGAGAAGCCUCCUUCCCCUAGAAUCAGAUCAAAUCAAUGGAGAAGAAGGAUGAGGCAAAAUAUAUGAUAGACUUGGUACCAUGAGCGCGAUGCCUGUGACGGUGGCCCACGAGUUGCCGAGCGUGGCGCCGGCGAGCUCGAGGUCCCCGAUGCGGCCGGCGUACAUGACGGAGACGAGCGGGAUGGCGUAGAAGGCCAUGCUGGUGGCCACCAUGGGCGCCGCGAAGGCCACCUGCCCCGCCGCCUCCUCCGCAUCCCACAGGCACCGCCACCACCUCCUUCUCCCUGCUGCUGCUGCCGCCUCUCCGUCGCCAUUAUCGCUUCUCCUCGCCUUGAGCUUCCCAUCCAGCAACGGAGCAGCUGCCCCUUCUUCGCCCAUUCCCUCUCUCUGCAGGCUUCUUACUUGUGCUCUGCGAUGUGUGUGUACGGAGCAGCAGGUCAAGCAAGCGCAGGAAGGACAGGGCACGUUGGUGUUGGUAUAUAAAAGGGUGGCAGUGGCAGGGGCGAUGAUGGAAACACGAACCAGUCCAGCUACUUGUUCUUUUUUAACAGGAGCGCAGCUACUUACUUUCAGUGGUAGAACUAGUAGUACUAUAGCACUAGUCUAUGUUUGCCUCGAGAAAAGAAGACCCACGUUGGUUAACUUUCUCUUUCGAGAUUUGUAACAUGGCCAUCGAUUUUACUUAUGAGGAAAAUGCUCAAGCGGCCCGUGUCCACUUGAACCUUUCUUUC